GGGAUGCUCGUCUCUCCCGUUCGCGGACACCAUGUCGCGUCCGCUGCGCCUGCACUCAAGCGCGCUCUCUGACGCUGAGUAUGAUUACUUCACGGCAACUCUCGCGCUUCUUACCGACUACCGGUUGCCGGAGGGCUCGGCAAGAGAUGACAAGGACUUUGCUGUCGCCGCGGAGCUUGACGCCAGCGGGCUCUGCGCAUGGCUUCUGGGCAAGCUAUGCCCGGCGUUCCCCCAUGACAAGGUGGCGACGAUCAUGAGCUCUGUUGCGCCUAGUGGGGGGAUAGUGGACGGCACACAGUUCUUUGCAGUCGCGCGGCUGGCGCUACACUGUCUUAAUGGGGAGACGAUAGGGGACGGGGAUGAUUGCAGGAGAUUGGCGUUCGUGCAAGUACAGAAUGUACCCCUGCACGCGUCAAGGGGUGCUGAGAGAGCGCCUAUGCAGUCCCCUCCUGCAAAGUUGAGGGUACACUUCUGGCCGCCGGACGAAGACAAGCCGUGUCAGUUUGAGUUUGCCUUUCCAGAAUCUGGCCUUUUCCACCCAGAAUCUCAGUCGCGGACGUUCCAAGCUACAUACGGUCUAGACAUCUCCCUAGGUGUCUACUCCUACUUCGACUCGACCGCGAACUGCUGGACGACAACCCCGGAACCGCUGCGCAUCUCGCCUGACCAGCCGACGGUCCACAUACGCGGUCUACCUCGACGCGACGCGCCUGCGAAUUCGCGCAAACGGCCUCGAACGAGCGAUGUGACCACGGAUUCGGCUUCGGCUCCUCCGAUACCGCAAAAGACUGCGCCAGUGGUGAAGCAGCCGAAGUAUCCUGCGACGCCUGCGCCGUCGCCUGGUCAUUCGGCCCCAGACACGCCUGUGCCGACGCAUCCCCAAGCGUCGUCUCACGCGUCGACAUGUACUUCUUUACCGCCAAUAUCCAGCAUCUCGUCCGCCGCAUCGUUCAGCAUUCCCCUCUCCUCCUCGUCAACACCCACGCAGCCCGCCGCCCCACCUCCGAUUCUGGCGCCCGUCACCAUGCCCCCAGGUCAUCCGCUCCCCGAGCUCGCAACCUGGCCGCGCACCCCGCGCUCCGCCUUCCCCUUCAAGUACGCGUGUCACAUGGCCGCCUUCUUCGAGACCGUCGAGGGUCUGAAGCCCGUGUUCCCGAACAAGGAGGAGGCGUACCGCUAUCUCAUGCAGGGCACGGCCCCGUGGCACGCGAGCACGUACUGGAAGCACCAUCGGCUGUACGCGAAGCGCGAGAGGGACGCGCGCUUGAAGACGGCGGUGGAUGCGGGGAUGUGCGAGGCGGGGGAGUGGAACCGGUAUUUGCGGGAAGAGGAGGCGGCGGGGAGGGUGCAGGAUGCGGAGAUGCCUGCGACGCCUGUCGCGUAGAUACGUGUUUAAGUAGAGGUUGAUAGACAUAGUGUACUGGUCUACUAAUGCAAGCAUCCGCUUGUGAUCCCAGUACUUCCACAAUUGAGGGUGACAUGAACGAGUCGAG